GCUCAAUUCGGGAGGCGUUUUCCCUGUUAAAAUAAACUGCCUCUGAGGUGCCUUCCGGCCGCCUAGGUCCUGCCAGGCAACCCGCCUCCGCAACGAUGUCUAGGAAAGGGAGAAAGAGCAAGAUGCCCCUUUCUGAAGAGGAGCAGCUGCUGCUUUAUCAGCAGAAGUUACUCGAAGAGGAGGAGAUGACCAAGAAGAAAGAGAGACUUCUGAGCCAGUUCUUGAAGGACAAGCUGGCCAAGGAAGAACACAAUAGUAUUCUGAACCUUAGAAAGAUUAACACACAGUGGAGAGCUGUCCUCCGUGAAGUCAAGACCAAAGAACUUCAAAAGGACAUCCAGAUCCUCAGCCAAACCUUUGAACGAGUGAUAGACUGCAAGGAUAGUGUCAUCAAGUCUUUAGCUAAGGACCUGGUUGAGGCUGAGGAGCAGUAUGCCCAUGCCCUGCGUAGCCACUUGCACAAUGUGGAUCAGCUCUUGUUCCUGCAGAGAAGUCGGCUCAACCUGCUGGAGGAAAGUUACAACAUGGAGCUCGAGGCCCUAACCAAGGAAUUUGAAUCAGAAAGGAAAAUAAUUCUUGACCAGCAUGAGAAAGAGAUUCACUAUCUACAAGAUGUCUACAUGGCCAUGGAGCAGAACUACAUAGAUUCUGAAUAUGAAAGCAAACUGGAGUUCCAGAGUAUGUGGGAUGAUCUCAAAAACAAGAAUUUAGAAGAGAAGCACUUUCUAAGACUGAAGCUGGAGAAUAUAGUGGAGGAUCUCUGGAGACAGUUCCAGGAAGCACUCAAGCAUUACACCGAGUCCACCGAAGACCGGAAGGUUGCCUUUGAGACUCUGAGGGCAAAGGAUGAGAAGAGCUCCAAAGAGAUAGACGCACAGAUGAAAAAAAUACAGAAACUACAGGACUCUAUACUAAUUUUGAAAGGCAAGAUCCUGUUGCACAGUCGUGAAAGUGAAGAACAGAAUCAGCUCAUUCGUAAUGACAAGCAGCUGAUCCUUGUACAACUAAGAAAACUUAAGGCCCAAAAGACUAGGGCCAGGGCAAUAUCAAAGGAAAACUUAGUCAAACUCACCCUGGAAAGUAAUGCCACCCUCAAUGCCUUGAGAAAGAGUGUUGAUAAGGGUGAAAAGAUCCUUAAACUUGCUGAAAUAUGCAGAAAAUUUGAAACAGAGGAAGAAAAAGUGCUGCCUUUUUAUUCAUCAAUAUUGAGUCCUGAGGAGCAAGAAAAGAUAGAAAAACUUAAUGAAGUGGAACUUACUGAGGAUCUGGCAAAGAUCAUGGGGGACUACGAAGGGAUGCAGAAUUUCUGGAAAAGAUUUAACAAAGUGAAACUAGAGCAGAUGAGCCUCCAAUGCAGACACACACAGCUGUUGGACAUCAAUAGGAAGCUUCGGGAGAUGCUCAAGCAGUACCUGGAUGGCAUCUCUGUGAGUGAUGAAGUACUGAGCCAGCUCAACCCACUCUUCAUCGUCAACUAUCGAAGCAAUUUACCCCAGCCUCUGUCCUUACCUACAAUCAAACCAGGUAACAGAAACCCUCCACCCACUUAA